ACACGUGUCGGUAACUGAAGACGAAGUCCACAAGUAGCUGCAGCUCAGGGGUACCUCAUCUGCAGCGCGGUGUACAACCAGAAUGUGGAAGGGCCGGCCCCACUUCACACUAGUUCGGAUCACCAUACCCCACCUUCCCCAAAACGACAUCGUUUCAUCUCUCACAGAUACCGUACAGCUGUUAUCUUCCACUCUUUGGUUUCAUCGAGCGCAGCUUCUCUCUCACUCGGAUCCCCAAACUCUCUCUCUCUCCCCCUCUCUCUCAGAUACAGACAGUGUUGCUGUUCGGCGGGGCAAUGGCAACGUCGUUUGGAGCAGCGACCGCGUCGGCGGCGGCUUCCGUGUCCGAGAAUGCGCGAAAAUCCUCCGCCUGUUUACCGCUCUGCCAUCGCCAUUCCUUCCUUCGCUCCAAUUCGGUUUCCUUCCGCCUGACUCCCAGGCCGAAGCUCCGCUUCUCGUCCAAGAGUUUGCAGUCUGGCUGGAAUUGUUCUCUAGUAAAAGCUCAACUGAAUAAGGUUUCUGUCGAUGGAUCUGUAAAAGCUGCAGCCUCAACUUCUUCCCAAUCAGAGAUUUCAGCCGGAGCCAAGGAUGUAGUAUCUGAGGAACCUAAACAGACUGUUUUGGCAUCUGAAGAAUCCAUAAGCGAAUUUGUUAGUCAAGUUGCCAGUCUUGUCAAGUUGGUUGAUUCUAAAGAUAUUGUGGAACUGCAGUUGAAACAGCUUGAUUGUGAGGUCUUAAUACGUAAAAAGGAGGCCUUACCUCCACCUCCUUCUCCCCCAAUGACAUAUUAUCAAUCACAACCUCAGCCUGCAGCACUGCCCCAAGUUUCAGCACCUUCUCCAGUGCCAGCUGCUGCAGCUUCUACUCCACCAUCUGCAGCACCUUCUCCGCCCAAAGCUCAACCUUCUAAAUCAUCUCAUCCACCUCUAAAAUGCCCCAUGGCAGGAACUUUCUACCGAAGUCCAGCACCUGGUGAACCUCCAUUUGUCAAGGUUGGAGAUAAAGUAAAGAAGGGACAGGUUCUAUGCAUCAUUGAGGCCAUGAAGUUGAUGAAUGAAAUAGAAGCCGAUCAGUCUGGAACGUUAGUUGAGGUCAUUGCAGAAGAUGGCAAGCCAGUCAGUGUCGACACUCCUUUGUUCGUGAUCGAACCUUAAACCAUGAAGCCGAAAAGCGCUGCACGGGCAUAGCAAGAGUGUUUCACUUUAGAGAAGUGCGGGAUUAAUUUAAUUUUGUUUAAUUUUGUUUUUUGCAUGAGACCUAGCUAGAACAACUUGUUUAUUCAUCAGUUUAGAAGUUUGUCUACAACCUUUGUUUUAUAGACUCUGCUACUCGUUAACAUGUUAAUUGCGAUUGUGUUGUUUCAUGAUUGUGAGUAUGUAGUCUUUGUGCUUUGUAGUACAAAGUUUACCAACUCUAAUGUAACUUGUGUCUUUGCUUC